AUGAACUGUUUCUGUCAUUCGGUUCGUGUUGCGCUUGCGUGGUCGAUUGAACUCUGCUGAAAGAUGUGUCGUCCGUGGACGAUUUUGUGUUGAGAUGUAUCAUUGUUUAUUUUUUGCUACUUGUAUUUGUUACCACAUAGAGUUAUAGUCUCUUACCGCGAAGUGUUGUGAAUUAUUAGUAAUUUUGGCAGUUCUUGUCUUUUAUGAGCUUAAUAAGGUUCCCUGUUAAUCUCAUCAGUGAAAAAAUGGCGGUCAUUAAGAAAAACCAUGGUGACCAAGACACGUAAGAGUGUUUACAGUAUAUUUGUUGAUAAUGAUGUUCUCGACUCCAAACGCUGAAUCACUAAAUUAUGAUUUUGAAAAGGAAGAAAAUGCUGUUAAAUGGAAAGGAGUGUUCGUUAACUCCUUGCGCAAGGUGCUGGAACAGGUGCAUCCUUCGCUAACAGCCCGCGAUGAUGCCCUUGAAUAUGUGGAAUCGCUGAUUGUGCGACUUCUGGCGAUGCUAUGCAGCAGACCGCCUCCACACACGGUGGACGAUGUCAACGAAAGGGUGCGUCGCACAUUCCCCACACCCAUCGACGAGUGGGCUCUCUCCGAGGCCAAGGAUGCACUCGACAAGGGACGCAAGAAGAACAACUUCCUCGUGCUGCCUGUUGACAAGAUACACCAGCUGUUGCAGAAGGAAGUUUUGCAGUACAAGAUUGACUCCCACGUCUCUCUGUACAUGGUUGCAGUCUUGGAGUACAUCUCUGCUGACAUCUUGAAGCUUGCGGGAAACUAUGUGAAGAACAUCCGUCACAUGGAAAUAUCAUGCCAGGACAUCAGAGUGGCGAUGUGUGCUGAUAAGAUGGCGCUGAUGGACAUGUUUUAUCAAGAUGAUGACCCUAUGGGAAGCAGCUCUGUACCAUCAAGUGAGCCAGUUGUACCUAGACCUACAAGAGCGUCAACAACUUAUGAAGAGGUGGUGAAAGAUUUGAUCCAAGAUGAAAAACAACAUUUGAGAGACCUUCACAUGAUCAUCAAAGUUUUCAGGGAGGAAAUUGCUAAACUGUUACCAUCAGGAGAUAACAAGGAGCUCGAUACUAUGUUCAGCAACAUAACAGAUAUCUAUGAAUUGACCGUGACACUGCUGGGUCUAUUGGAGGAUAUGCUGGAGAUGUGUGAAGAGAAGCAGACCCCAGCCAUAGGCAGUUGUUUCGAAGAACUUGCUGAGGCAGCUGAAUUCGACGUGUAUGGAAAGUACGCAAAAGACAUGGUCCAGUCGAGGUGCAGGGAUGCUCUGAUGCGAUUGGUGAACAAGCCAGAGGUGUCAAAUUCGUUGCAGUCAGCCGGGCAUGGCUUCAGGGAAGCGGUCAAGUACUAUCUGCCCAAACUACUGUUGGCACCCAUCUGGCACUGCUUCUUGUACUUCGAGUACAUCAAGAUCCUGCUCGACAAAACUCCUUCGGUUGAGGAUCGCGAAAGUCUCGAGCAGGUGGAGGGUCUUCUCAGGCCGCUACAGAUGGAGUUAACCAGCACAGUGGCACACCUGUCAAAGAGGGAAUCGCUGCAAAGGAUCAGGAUGCACGGCCAGGCGAGGCGGCAGGCGGCGGUUGAAAAAACCAACGAGUUGCAGAAAACUAUUGAGGGAUCUGAGGUGAAGGAGAUCAGUCAAUGCUGCAACGAGCUCAUUCGAGAGGACGUGCUUGGGAAAAUAUCAUCUAAUGGAAAAUCAGUUACUGAGAGGAAAGUGUUUCUUUUCGAUGGAGUAAUCAUUCUUUGCAAGCCAAACAACAAGAGAACAUCAGUUUCAGUGACAGGGCCUCUUGGAGGCUCUUCAAAUUGCAACUAUCGUCUGAAGGAGAAAUUUUUUAUCAGAAAAGUUGAAAUAAUCGACAGGAUGGAUACUGAAGAUAUCAAAAAUGCUUUUGAAAUAGCUCCAAGGCUACAGCAGAACAUAACUCUCAUCACCAAGUCUGCUGAUGAUAAGAAUAAUUGGAUGGCUGAUUUGAUCAUGCUCAAUACCAAAAGCAUGCUCGAAAGAACUUUGGAUAGUAUUCUGCUGGAUGAGGAUAAGAAGCAUCCCCUCAUUCUGCCAUCCCCUGCUCUGUAUAGGUUUGCGGAGGCAGAUUCUAGCAAAAAUAUUGUGCUUGAAGAUAGAGAGAACGCUGGGGUACCACUCAUCAAGGGUGCGACUUUGACCAAGCUGAUCGAACGUCUUACUUACCACAUCUAUGCUGAUCCCAUGUUUGUUAGAACAUUUCUAACAACUUUUCGCAGUUUCUGUUCACCCAAGGAAUUGUUGAGCUUACUUGUGGAGAGAUUCAGCAUUCCAGAUCCUUCCCUAGUGUACGAGGAUGUUUCUGUGGACUGCCCGAAAUCAAGCAAGAAUUCCCAACGUGAAGACUGGAAGAAGUACAGGAAAGAAUAUUGUCAGCCAGUCCAGUUCAGGGUGUUGAAUGUGUUGAGACACUGGGUCGAUCAUCAUUUCUACGAUUUCGAGAGAGAUCCGGAGCUACUGUCGCAGUUGAAUGGAUUUUUGGAUACGGUGACCGGAAAGUCUAUGCGCAAAUGGGUGGACUCAGUGUCGAAAAUAGUUCAGCGCAAGACUGAUUUGACUGAACAGCAGCGAGAAAUAACAUUCGCCUUUGAUCGGUCACCGCCUCCAUUCGAAUGGCACAUCCAUUGCUCCGAGGAGGAGUGGAACAUCCUGACCCUCCAUCCCAUCGAGAUCGCGCGCCAACUCACGCUACUUGAGUUUGAUUUGUAUCGCGCCGUCAAGCCGUCCGAACUGGUUGGAAGUGUGUGGACCAAGAAAAACAAACAGGAAACUUCACCGAACCUGCUGAAAAUGAUCAAACACACUACCAAUUUGACAAGAUGGCUGGAGAAGAACAUUGUUGAAGCUGAAAACUUUGAUGAAAGAGUUGCUAUUGUCUCCAGGGUGAUUGAAAUCAUGAUUGUUUUGCAAGAUUUGAACAACUUCAAUGGCGUACUCGCUGUGGUCUCGGCUAUGGGAUCUGCUUCUGUGUAUAGGCUUCGAUUCACAUUCCAGGCAAUAUCUGCCCGCCUUGAAAAGGUACUCGAUGAAGCCAGGGAGCUGAAUCUUGACCACUUCCGCAAGUACCAAGAAAAGUUGAGGUCUAUCAACCCACCGUGCGUUCCAUUCUUCGGUAUGUACCUAACUAACAUAUUGCAUAUUGAAGAAGGAAAUCCUGACUACCUUCCGUCUGCCCCUGAUCUCAUCAAUUUCAAUAAGCGUCGUAAGGUAGCUGAAAUAACAGGUGAAAUACAACAGUACCAGAAUCAGCCAUACUGUCUCAGCGUCCAGCCAAAAAUCAGACAUUUCCUGGAGACUUUAUCUCCCUUCGAAGGCCAAAAAGACACGGAAAUCAGUAACUACUUGUAUCAGAAAUCGUUGGAUGUUGAACCAAGAGCAGCUCGUCAAGCUCCUAGAUUUCCUCGCAAAUGGCCCGAUUUGAAUCUAAAAUCGCCGGGGAUCAAGGUACGCAACCUGGCGUCACGCAGCCAUCCACCACAACCUCUCACCUCCGUGCCACUCACGGCUACCCUACAUCACCACCCCGCACCCUCCUCUUCUUCCUCAUCCUCCUCACCAAGGCUAGCUGUCGCCUCCUCCUCUUCGGUAGCUGCUGCCUCCUCUUCAACAGCCGCAGCUGCAGUCGCCUCCUCAGCUACUGCAGAAGAUAGUGACGACACUCCCAAGACUCCCAUCGCCUCUGAUUUUAGUGUUUUCGCGCCGGUCCAUAUUGGUCCAUCCGGUCAUAGCAGUGGUAGCUCAGGCAAUCAGUCGCCUGGUGGACUGAGUCAGGCUUCAACUGCCUCCUGCAUUCUCCCUACCGCUUCAUCCUCGCCGCAUUACCCCCUAGCUCCGCCACUGCCACCACGCACCCGCAAGCGAGAGAGCUCUGUAGGUGACGCUUCUGGCCAGUCAACAUGUGCGCCAAUUCUGCCGCCUCGCGAUUUGUCGCCGCCUCCUCCUCCACCUCGACCGCCCGUGCGCCGCCAUGCCCCGCCACAUCACCACUCUACCACUAACGUUGGCAGUAGCAGCAUGUUGAGACCGUCUGGAUCGGUGAGCGUUCGCAUGAACACUCUGCCAUCAUCAGUGGCCAGAAGCGUGAGUGCUGUGUCAGCAGUUUCCAAUCCUCUGCCAGAGGAAUCAGCUUCUGCUUCAGACUCCUCUAUUCCACGCCUUCCUCCAAAACCAUUCGCUAUUUCCAACAAGCAGAGCUCCAACGUGAUGUUCCAGUUUAACACCGGAUCCAACCAUCACACUUCUUAAGUACAUCAACACAGAUAACCCCGGGAUUAAUCAAUGAUCAACAACAACUUGUGACAGAAUUGUCCAGUCGACCAUUUUGAAGAGUUUAGCGUCCACACAUCCGGACGUAAUUCAAAUAUGGUGCUUCCUUUUAUGACGCAUGCGCAAACAAUACUGCUUGCUGGCUUUACUGCCAGUGCCAGCGCUGCCAUAUAUAUAUGUAUUCGUAUAUAUAUUAUUAUCUCUAUCUAGAUUUGAUGUCUUCAUCUCGAAGAUAUCGAUAUAUCUUUUCUCUCUGUAAUGACCAUACUUAUAAAAAUAUAAAUAUAUUAUUGGAACGACUACGGGUGUCAAAGUUUCGUCAUGUGUGUAAUAUUUAAAUGAUUGUGUAAAUCAUAUAAUAUUAUUGAUGAACAUGCAAAACCUUAUUACAUGUUCACUUUAAAGUGAAAUAACAUGUCCUUUCGCAUGGUACUAAUCAAACAGUAGUAUAAAAGCUUUAGUUUCUUGAAAUUAUGCUCUCAAACUAUUGGAGUACUGUACAGUAGUUUUUCAGUCAAGAAAUGCACCAGUCUUGCCAAUUUUACCAAACUUAACGGAAUACAGUAUUUUAUUUUGCUAACAUUAUUUUCAUACCUCUCUGAAACAUACAUCAUAAAUCUUCUAUAGAGGAUUGUUUGAUAUUACAGUUGGAAUUAAUGAUUUCCUUCCCAGUCAUAGAACUGUACAGUAUUCAUUCCUUUGCAAUAAUUCCUUGCAAAUUUUUCCCCUAUUUUAGUCCACAUGACCUACAUUCGUGCAAUUUUUUACAUAAUUUGACUACUAAAAUUUUAUGUAAAAGCCUGUCUUAAUCAACUCUAACCAAACUCAAACCUUGCCAUUGUCUUAUGUACAAUUUCUGUAUAAAACAGAAUCUAUUCACUUUGUGAUAUACUUCAUUGUUGUUCAUUGUGAUUUUCUUAUCUCAACAUAAAUAUAAUAAUUAUGAAUUGUUAUUACACAUUCAUUUGAUCAGAGAUUUUUUUUGUCUCAACCGGGGAUGAUAUUUUUUCAACUUCAUUCAUGUUCUUUUCAUUAAAUCUAUAUAAGUGUAUCUCAUUCGAGAACCUUUUCAAUUUUUCCCAAAAAUUAUAUUGGUAUAGAUUUAGGGACGUUACUUCCCCAGUAGAAUAUCAAUAUAUUCUUAUUUCAAAGUAUUGUACAUACAUUUGUAGAAUCAUAAUUAUUAACUUAGAAUAAUAUUAUGUAGUUUUGUUCAAAAACUUGAAUCAAAGGCCCACGUAAAACUUCACACGUAUGAAAGGUACCAUCUUCUGUUGAAAAAAACAUAUUCAAUCUUAUUUUUAAUAACCCAUGUUCAUGUUAUUCAUCACAAUACUGUAAUUAUUCAGCAGAAAAUUUCAAGAUUUGAGGUCAAGAUUUCAUUAAAAUUAAAUCACUUGUCAUAAAAUUAUACUUGUCUAAUUAUAGUGAGUAGUAAAAAAACAGGAUUCAGUUCUAGUUUCUCAUCAAGUUUAAUUAAUAUUUGAAAAUGUUUACAGCUCAAACUAGAAAUGCAGAAUAAUUCACAAUAGACGAAACUUAUUAUAUAUACCAUGUAUUACUUCGCAAAAAAAUUAGCCUUACUCUGAUAUUUUUCACUUUUUCAA